CAGGCCCUUGGGGGGCGCACUCUCCUGUCGCAGUCGACCACUGCGGGGCCGUGGGUCUUGGGGCAGGACCCCUCGCGUGCUUGGGAAGGGAGCUGAGUUUCCCUAGGAGCUCUGUUUUUUAUGACCACAAUGAGAAAUUUAGACAGUGAUGAUCAGUUAACUGACAAGCUUCACAAGCCCAAGAGAUCGAAAGAAUGGUUUGAACCACAGCCACUUUCUUUUAUGGAGGCAUUAGCUGAAGAAGAUACUGAGGCAGCUAUUCAAUCAAUAUUAUAUAGAGAAAAUUAUGUGAUUAAGGAACUAGAUAAGUCUUUACAACAUCAUGACUUCUUAAAGGCAAGGAGAAAAGAGAUGCUACAUAAAAGAUGGGUUGACCAUGUCGCACAUCCUCUCCAGAAGAAAAUUAUAGAAAAAGUUGGUUCAUAUAAGAAGAUUAAAAAAAGGAGACAAGGAGAAUUAGAUGGUUUUUUAAAACAUGUAAAUAAAAAGGGAAAUGUAUUUAUAGAACAUUAUGAUCCCAAAGAAUAUGAUCCUUUUUAUAUGAACAAAGAGGACCCGAAUUUUCUGAAGGUUACCAUUCCACCAUUUCGUGAUCCUUUGAAAAAGGCACAAUAUGACAAAGAUGAUGAAAAAAGAACUCUUCUUCAGUGUGAGACUGGCAAAAUAUAUACAAUGAAAGAAUUUAAAGAGAUUGAAAAGGCCAAACUGCAUUCCAGAUUCCCAAGAAUUUCUAAUUCAAGGCACUUUAUGACUCCAAAUGAGUGGCUUAAGCUGCCUACAACUUACAUAGAAAGUGAAUUUUGUAAAAGGAGCAGGUUAAAAGUGAAAAUGAAUUUUAACGAUUGUAGUUUUGAUAUGAAACCCUUGACAAGAGUUCCUCAUCCUGUGGAGGCUCAGCAAGAAGAAAAAGCAGUUAUUUCCAAAAAUAAAGGAUCAUCCUUUCUGGAAAAAGAAUCUCCAUCUUUUCAUGAGAGAAGAAAUCCAAGUCUCAAAGAGGCCAACUCUGUAGGCCACUUCUUUGACCCUCAGCAGGAAGGGGACCAGGACACCGUGAGGGCUGGGAGAGUCCUUUUUGCCAUGCACAAGUUCUGGAGGCUGAGAAGUCCAAGAUCAAGGUGCUGGCAGAUUCGGUAUCUCAUGGGGGCCCACUUCCUGGUUCUUAGGCAGCACCUUCUUGCUGUGUUCUCACGUGGAUAAGUGGUUCUGAAAGACUUACCUGUUCAGAAAACAAAUGUCUGCCUGAUAAAGAGAACAAGACCACCGGCCCAAGUCAGAGGCUUUUGAAAGGAAGUUUCAUCCCUCGAAGCUCAGCCAGGAGAAUAAAAGGGACGAGAAGAACUGUGUGGCGAGUGGAAAAGAUCUGGGGGGAGCAGGGCGGGGAUGGCCCAGGUUUGCCGCGUGCACGAGACAGCAGACAUUGAUUGUGGAAUCUGAGCCGUGGACAGAGCCCGCCUUCUCCCAUGGCUCCCCCAGGGCAGAGAAGGCAGGAGCCCAGGAAGGGAGUGAGAGAAAGGGUGCAGAAGAGGCUUCAUUUAAUGCCCGAGAAUCGAUGGGUUUGCCUCUGGGCUUCGUGCUGCUGCACAGAUGAGACAGCCUCUGGCAGGGAGCCUGGGGUCUGGAAACUCAGAGAAGGAGCAUAUUAGGGAACCCUGGACCCUGCUUUUGGGGGGACAGAUUGUGCCCAUACAAGAUGAGAGAAACUCUGGCCACAGAGUUCUGCCCUCUGAGAUCUCCUCAAUUUUUUCUGGAGUUUUUGCUCUUCUGCCGUUUUUCUACCAUUUAUACACCCAACCCAGACCAAACCAAUUUGUUCUCCUGAGUGUAGUCACAAUAGGUGGGAAUCUUCUGAAAUGAAAUUUAUACUAAAAAUUAGGCCAAAUGAUGGUUUAGAUACACGAAAGUUAUUUUUUAUGUAAGCAUUUUCCACAAACAGGUUUCUUAUCGCGAGCUCACGAUCUGCCUGGCACAUCUUCCUCUCAUUCUCUCAUCUUCCCACAUCCUGUAUCCUAGUGCCCGAGCGUGGGGAGGCUUCCAGGUGCCUGGGAACUGUAAGGGGUUCAGGACUGUCUGCAGGGCCGUGCAUCUGUGUGUUCACCAACUGCUCCGCUCUCGCCUCCAGCACACGCAGGACGAGGGACUAGUUUUCUUGAGCAUGAAAAUCUUGUUAGAUGUUUUGUGAUCCAAGUCCUACCCUAUCCUGUUGUUUUCCCCGGUCUCUCAGAAAUGGAUUCUCCUUAUAUGGUUGCUUCCAUAACACUUUCCUCAGCAAUUUUUAAAAAAAGAUUUUAUAUGUUUGAGAGA